CCAUAUAAGGUAUCUGACACGCUAAAGUGGAAUUUGUUCGGAGACGAAUUUGAAUUGACGAGGGGAGACGGCGUCGUCUUGUGUUCGCUGUCGGUGAAAGAAAGAAAGAAAGAAAGAAGACGAGUACGCCGUGCGCUUAUUUGAGUCAAUCGCGUCGUGCCGCGUUCGCUUGACUUUCUCCAGAAAAAGAGGAAGCAGUUCCGCCCUCGCAAGCCGCGGUGAGGCCGAGUUUGAGAGCGGAGGGAAAGCAAAGAAGCAAAGCGACGACGCAACAGGCUCCGAAGCUUGAAACUUCACAGAAACGGCGCUGCGAUCUUUUGUCCCAUCGGACAAACAUUCCGGGGAUUUUUCCUUCCCUUUUCAGGUGGUUGGUGGUGUAUUUAGAGUCUCGUCAAAAAAAAUCAAAUAAAUGAGUUUCACGUUACCAAGUGCAGUUUGAAGUUCUGGUUGGUAUGUCGUACUAGGACAUUUUAUUUGGACUUUGAUCUUGCUUUUUAUACAUUGCUGCGAGCCGGUUGGCAGAAAUUUCGUUUUUAAUUAUUGGUUCGGACAAGUUGAAAAAAACGGCGAUGAGUGGCGACGAGGAAAGAUUCAAACUAGUUGUGGUGGGAGGUGGAGGAGUGGGCAAGAGCGCCCUAACCAUCCAGUUCAUUCAGUCCUACUUUGUGUCAGACUACGACCCGACCAUUGAAGACUCCUACACGAAGAUCUGCACGGUGGACGGAAAGGAGACCCGCCUGGACAUCUUGGAUACAGCGGGUCAGGAGGAGUUUGGGGCAAUGAGGGAGCAGUACAUGCGCUCAGGAGAAGGCUUCUUGCUGGUCUUUGCACUCAACGACAGGGGGAGCUACCACGAGGUCCAGAAGUUUCACACCCAGAUCCUUCGAGUGAAGGACCGGGAUGACUUCCCCAUGCUGCUCGUCGGAAACAAAGCGGAUCUGGAGCAGCAAAGAGUGAUCUCCAGGGAGGACGCUCAGGCCUUUGCCAGAGAACACAGGAUCCACUACAUGGAGGCUUCGGCGAAGAACCGCUACAAUGUGGACGAAGCCUUCUUGGAGCUCGUGCGGAUUGUCCGAAGGUUUCAGGAAAUGGAGUGUCCUCCCCCUCCGGCUCAUCACGCCGGGAAACAGAAGAGCGGCGGCUGCCCCUGCGUCCUCCUCUAAGCGCCGUUGCCAUGGACACCAAAGCCUCUCCAGCUUGUGCCCCCCCAAAAAGAAGUGUGAGCGUUUGUGUGAGACAGUGAGCGAGAGACAACAUUAAGGUGCAUCAUAUUCCCAUUGAAUGGUUUCAUUUGCACUUGUACCCCCCCAGCCCCCCCAAAAAGCAACUUGUAAAUCAAUGUACAGUGAACCCUCGUUUAUCCCCCGGGGGGAGGGGGUUGGCGAAAUCCGCGGAGCUGCUCUUAAAAGGUUUUCUUUCAAGCUUAGACAAGUCGACCAAUGUUCAACAGUCUUUUUUUGUCCACACGUCCGUCGCUGAUGAACACCGUUUUUGGGUGCAAACCGAGGACACAAAGAUAUAAUGUACAAUAUUCCAACAUGCAUCUCAACAACAGAAAAUACACGUUCGUCAAGGCCACACCCCUUUUCGGAAUAUGGGAGGAAUGCGAAGAAACCGAAACUAAGGCCGUCUGCACCUCACGCUUUUCGUCCCUUUCCUCCGACGGAGCGAACUCCAUGAACCGCUUCCUGCCACUCAAUGCACCCCUCAAGUAUAACAGCAGGGGGCACAAUAACCUAAAUAAAUGUGGACCCCGGAGUAAAUCACAGCCAUUGUCAUUUCACCGCCAUGUAGAAAGGCACAUGAUUUUCAUAUAACCACGAACUUAGAAUUGAAUAUAUCAUAUUUUUUACACUGUACUGUGGAAUGAAACCAAAGAUCAAACGUAAAUUUGGCAAGCUUUACAGAGACGAGGCGCGGAAACGGUCGCCCUCGGUCGACAGUCCCUUCGCCAAUCGGGAUGCAGAACACAAUGCACUGUCAAGACAAAAAAAAAAAAAAAAGCACUGCACAAAAACAAUCCGUGAAACAGCGAGGCCCCGAAAGGUGAACCGCGUUAUAGCGAGGGUUCACUGUCGUGUAUUUUCGGCUUGUUACAGUAGCAGAAAUGCCAGGCAGUUGUGUUUAGCGACAGGAGAUAAUAAUGACGGGGCCGGACAGAGUUACAGCCCAGAAAUAGAGCCGCCCUCACAUUAUGGCGGGC